ACCUCCAAACCACAAUUACCACAGAAACAAAAAUCUAAAAAUAGUUGGCGGGAAAAUUUCACUUGACAAAUACUCUAGAAUAAAAUCCGCCGACCGAAUUGGCAAUCAGAAUACAAGUCAUUGAUCACGAUUCUCCAGCAAAAUGCGUCGAAAAGAGGAGUCGAGCCAGCAGCAGCAGCUGAUUGUUGCGAAGCGGGCUUACAAGGCGGCGGAGGCGGAGGGGAAUCGCCAGGAGGAGGCGCGUUGGGCGAACUUCAUCGGCGACUUGCACAAGAAUCGCGGCGAGUACGUGGAGGCUCUCCGGUGGCUGCGCAAGGACUACGAGGUCUCCAUUAGGUACCUGCCCCAUAAGCAGCUGCUCGCCACGUGUCAGUCCCUCGGCGAGCUCCACCUCCGUCUCGGCGAUUACGAAGAAGCCCUAAAAUUCCAGAAAAAGCAUUUCGAUCUUGCCAAGGAUGAAGAUGACCUCAUUGAGCAACAAAGAGCUAGCACGCAGCUCGGACGAACUUACCAUGAAAUGUUUUUGAAGUCCGACGAUGACCACUUGUCUAUUCGGAAUGCCAAGAAGUAUUUUGAACUAUCCAUGGAACUUGCACAAACUAUAAAGAAGAAGUCGAAUUCCGAGAAAGUUUCUUUUGUAAAGGAGUACAUUGAUGCCCAUAAUAACCUUGGAAUGCUUGAAAUUGAUCUUGACAACUUGAAUGCAGCAGAGAAGAUUCUUACAGAAGGAUUGGAGAUAUGUCAGGAAGAAGAAGUCCCUGAGGGUGAUGCUACACGCAGUAGGCUCCACCACAACCUCGGAAAUGUUUACAUGGAGCUGAGGAAAUGGGAAAAAGCACGUGAUCACAUUAAAAAGGAUAUUGUUAUCUGCAAGCGGAUUGGACACUGUCAAGGGGAAGCGAAAGGUUAUAUUAAUCACGGGGAGCUGCAUUACAGAAAUCAAAGUUAUGAAGAAGCCCUUGCAUCUUAUAAAAAGGCGCUUGAACUGGCAAGGACAUUGGAAGAUGAGGUUGCGCUGACUGAACAAAUACAUCAAAAUAUCACAACUGUAAGAGAAGCAAUGCGAGUGAUGAGUGAAAUAAGAACUGAAGAGUUAAACCUUAAGAAGCUCGAAAGGAAUACAGAAAUGGCCAGAGGAACAGAGAGCGAACGGAAAUUUCUACUGAAACAGAAUUCUUCCCUUGAUUGCCUUGUCGAGAAAUCCAGGAUGAUCUUUGCUUGGCUAAAACUUGGUGAAUAUGGUAAAAGGAAGAAGAGGAUAGCAAAUGACCUUUGUGACAAGGAGAAACUUAGUGAUUCAUUUCUGGUUGUUGGGGAGUCAUACCAGAAGCUCCGGAGAUUCAGUAAAGCUCUUAAAUGGUAUCAAAAAGCCUGGGAAUCUUACCGUUUGAUUGGAAACUUGGAGGGGCAAGCACUGGCAAAGAUAAACAUCGGGGAUGUUUUGGACUGCACUGGGGAUUACUCAGGUGCUUUGGACGCAUGUAGAGAGGGUUACAGGAUUGCUGUUAAAGGAAACUUAUCUUCAUUGCAGCUGUCUGCCCUAGAAAAUAUGCACUACAGCCACAUGAUUCGCUUUGAUGAUGCUGACGAGGCAAGGUCGGCAAAAAUUUUAAUUGACAAAUUAAAGCAAUCCAAAGAUGCUGAGAUCCAUCCAGGAGGUUCUCCAGGUGAUUUCUGUUCCGAGACACAAACAGAGUUGGAUAACCUAUCAGCAGAUGAUGGGUCUGAUGGUAGCUUUUCACCAAAGGAACAUAAAGCCAAUGCUCAUGAAGUAAAAUCUUAUGACACUUGCGAUGAAUCGGAGGAAGAUAUUACUUUGAUGUCCCUACUUAGAUCUACAAAAGGCAAGAGAAAGAAAAAACCCACUUGUGGAAGUACACCUGUUGCUUCUUCCAUUCCAUGUGGAUCUCCUGCAAGGAGCUUAUCCAGAUCCUCUGGUAGUCUUACAGUUAACCGAAAGCGUGUACGCAUCAUUCUGUCUGACGAUGAAGGAGAAAAUGAUGAUAACAUUCGCUCAGACAGAAUAAGUAGCAGGUGUUUCGUGGAAGGCAUUGCAACUUCUGAUGAACUGAACAAAAAGGAUGCUCCCUCUCUUCAAGUCCAGGAUGUUUCACCUGUUGCUUCGAGAUGUACAGUUGAUGAAUCUAUUCCUGCCAAUCUUCAGCAUAGCACCUCCUCACACAAAUCCAAUGGUUCUAAAUCCAACCACGCCAAUGAUUCUAGAAUAACUGGAUCCUGUGCUGAUGUAGGCGAUUCAAAAACUCACAGAAACAUAAACAGCUUCUCCAUUGGUUCCUCCAACUUAUUGCAAAAUGAAAUCUCCAAGGGUCGACAUGUUUGUUCUGAUGAAUCUUGUCAGCAUAUCUUGUUUAAAAUUGAUCAAGAAUUGGUAUACAUGGACCCAAACAUGUAUCUAAUUGAUGGUAAACUCAACAUAGAGCAGAUGAAGGUUGAUUUGGCAUGCUUUUAUUAUUUACAGCUCUCACAAGAAAAGAGGUCAAGAGCAGGACUGGUGCCAGUAAUUCAACAUAUGCAGUGUGGUGAGAAAAUUCUUGGAUCUAUGGAAACAUUAUACAACUUUAACAACCUUGCUCCAGAGAAGAUCUGUGUCGAGGUUUCUGUUGGUGUUAUGGUACCAAAAAUUGUGAUGAAACUGUACAUAGACUGCUGUGAGUUACUAUCUGAACAGCCUAAUCUGGAAGUGCUGCGGAGAUUGUACAACUUAGAGGUAUCGGAGGAUGAAAUUUUAGUGUCUGAUUGCCAAUUGCGAGAUGUAUCAGUAGCACCGUUGUUGAAUGCUCUGCAAAUGCACAAAACACUUGCAGGCUUGGACCUGUCUCAUAAUCUAUUAGGAAAUCUCACUGUUGAGAACCUCAGACAAGUGUUCAUGUCAUCAGGACAAAAUUAUGGUGGUCUUAUAUUGAAUCUGCACAACAAUUGUCUUGGUCCAGCUGCUUUGUUUCAGAUUUGUGAAUGCCACGUGCUCUAUGCACGACUGGAAGUUCUCAAUGUAUCUGGAAACCCUUUGACUGAUGCUUGUGCUUCUUACAUCUCAACCAUCCUCCGAAACUGCAAAGCUCUUUAUAGUUUGAACAUAGAGAACUGUUCUGUUACAUCAAGAACAAUUCAAAAAGUUGCUGAAUCUUUGGAUUCUGAAUCGGCACUUACGCAUCUCUUUAUAGGACACAAUCACCCUGUAUCUGGCAAUGCAGUAAUUAAUCUUCUGAAAAAACUCAGUGCCACCAACUGGUUUCAAGUGCUCAGUCUAAAUGGGAUAAAGCUCAGCAAGCCAGUAGUUGAUAGCCUUUGCCAACUUGCCAUGGAUUGUUGCUUGUCUGGGUUGCUACUGGGACAUACUAACAUUGGAACUGAAGGUGCAUUACAGUUGAUCAAACCAUUAUCCAAGGACACUCAGGAACUGGUCAGGCUAGAUCUAUCAAAUUGUGCACUUACUUGUGACUACAUUGUUGGUCUCAAAGAUGAAGCAUCCUUGGUUUGUGGUAUUCUUGAAUUGAAUCUUGGUGGAAAUCCAAUCAUGAAAGAGGGAAGCAAUGAAUUGUCAUCCUUACUCCGCAAUCCGCAGUCUUGUUUAAGGGUUCUGGUGGUCUGCAAAUGUGAACUAGGUCUUGAAGGUGUCAUUCACAUGCUUCAAGCCCUAUCCGAGAAUCGCACUCUUGAAGAACUCAACCUGGCUGACAAUAUCAAUCCAAAUGAAGCUGAAGCUCUAACAAUCAACUGCAGACCGUCAGAAAAAGGGUAUAACUCUUCACCAGCAGCCAAAACCGAUCCCGACCCGUUGAAUGUUGCUUCACCGGAGCUAGUUGAUGCUCUGCCUCAAGAUAUGUCUGCCUUAGACCCAAGCGAAAACCAGCUCGAAGUUGCUGACAGUGAAGAUGGGCUAGAAGAGCCGCGAGCUACAUCAUCUGGUCCUGGAGAAAGUAGCAAGCACGCAUCCCCAAACAUGAUUCUUCAUCAAGAAAGUUGGCCCAUGCAGCAGCUUUCUUCUUCUGUUAAAAUGGCAAGAUCGUUAAAAGUAUUGGAUCUUAGUGGUAACGGGUUCUCUCAGGAAGUCAGCGAUGCUCUAUUUUCAGCAUGGUCCUCAGGAACUAGAGCUGGUUUGAGUCAGAGACAUGUUGAUGGAAAGACGGUCCAUUACUCAGUGCAGGGAAGCACGUGCUGUGGCAUUAAGCCUUGCUGCAGAAAGAUUUGAGAUGGGCAGAUUCAUAUGUAUGAGAAUAUUCAAUUGAGAGUCAAUUUUUCGAAGUGUAUGUAGUUACCUUAAAGGUUCCAAGCACAUGAUCAUUGAUCUUAUAUUUAUACAGUUAUGAGUUUAGGGGCAUUUUUACAAUCAUUUAUGUUCAAUAAAUUUCAAUAGCAAAAUGUUUAAAGAUUAA